AGCAUAUUUCACUGGCCGAAAAGAACACAUAAAGCACUGGUGUCUCACCGUUAACAUUGCCGAGUCGUCGACCUUCAAAUUCUCAGCAAUGGCCAGGAAGCGAAGCAAAGGAACCACGACAACCUUCGUCUUCUUCGCCCUACUCUCUAUUAUAGCCUUCUGUGCCUUCGUCCCUGUCUUUGCUCCUCUCCCUUCUCUCUCCUCUCACUCCAACCACCACUCUCAGCACAAGAAAGUUACCACUCGAAAGUUUGAGAUUGCCAAUGACAUGUUUUGGAAAGAUGGAAAGCCAUUCCAGAUUAUUGGUGGCGACUUGCAUUAUUUUCGGGUUCUUCCAGAGUACUGGGAAGAUAGACUAUUAAGAGCAAAGGCUUUGGGCUUGAAUACUAUCCAAACUUAUGUUCCUUGGAAUUUGCAUGAACCAAAACCUGGAAAGCUUGUUUUUGAGGGGAUUGCAGAUAUGGUAUCAUUUCUCAAACUCUGCCACAAACUAGGUUUCGUUGUUAUGCUUCGGGCUGGGCCUUAUAUAUGUGCAGAGUGGGAUUUGGGGGGCUUCCCUGCCUGGUUACUUGCGAUAAACCCAGCUCUCAGACCAAGAUCAUCGGAUCCUAAUUUCCUCCGCCUAGUUGAAAGAUGGUGGGAAACCCUACUACCAAAGGUAGCUCCACUUCUUUAUGCAAAUGGAGGUCCUAUUAUAAUGGUUCAGAUUGAAAAUGAAUAUGGUUCAUACGGAAAUGACAAAGCUUAUCUUCAUCACCUUGUCACUUUGGCCCGUGGUCACCUUGGAGAUGAUAUAAUUUUGUAUACUACAGAUGGAGGUUCUAGGGAAGCUCUUGAGAAAGGAACAAUUCGUGGUGAUUCUGUCUUUUCAGCUGUUGACUUCUCCACUGGUGAUGAGCCCUGGCCAAUAUUUAAGUUACAAAAGGAGUUCAAUGCCCCCGGAAAGUCACCACCACUUUCAGCGGAGUUUUACACAGGUUGGCUUACACAUUGGGGAGAGAAGAUUGCAGAGACUAAUGCUGAUUCUACUGCAACUGCCCUGGAAAAGAUUUUGGAACGAAAUGGUUCUGCUGUGCUUUAUAUGGCGCAUGGUGGUACAAACUUUGGAUUCUAUAAUGGAGCGAAUACUGGUGGGGAUGAGUCUGAUUACAAGCCUGACCUCACUUCCUAUGAUUAUGAUGCACCAAUCAGGGAAUCGGGUGAUGUGGACAAUGCAAAAUUCGAAGCACUUCGGAGGGUUAUAAAGAAACACAGUGCAGUGUCUCUUCCUUCAGUUCCUCCCAAUAAUGAAAAGACAGGAUAUGGACAAAUACACUUGCAGGAAAAAGAACUUUUGUUUGAUAUACUUAAUAGGAUAGAUUCCAUUGACGUGGUUGAAUCUGAAAACCCACUUGCAAUGGAAUCUGCAGGCCAGAUGUUUGGUUUUUUGUUAUAUGUAUCUGAAUAUGCUGCAAAGGACGAUGGAAGCAUUCUAUUCAUAGCAAAGGUGCAUGACAGAGCUCAAGUUUUCAUAUCUUGCUCUUCGGAAGAUAAUGGUGGAAGACCAAUAUUUGUUGGUAUAAUUGAAAGAUGGUCAAAUCAAACACUUGGCCUUCCUAAAACUAAAUGUCUCUCAAACAUCAGUUUAUAUGUUUUGGUUGAGAAUAUGGGUCGCGUAAAUUACGGUCAGUACAUAUUUGACAAAAAGGGUAUUUUAUCUUCUGUUUAUCUAAAUGGGCGAAUUCUGCAACAAUGGAAAAUGCUCUCAAUUCCUUUGAACAACCUGAAUGAGAUCCCAAAAGCCAAUCCCAUCAUUCAGGUUUCAUAUUCUGAAUUCAUAAAAAAUUCAGCCCUCAGAAAAGCCAAAGAGAAUGUUCUGAAAGAACCAGCAUUUUAUGCCGGCCGUUUCUCUAUUGACAAAGUUGACCAUGUUAAAGACACAUUCUUAUCAUUCCGUGGUUGGGGUAAAGGGAUUGCAUUUGUCAAUGAAUUUAAUAUAGGAAGAUACUGGCCGAUGAUGGGACCACAAUGCAACCUUUAUGUCCCUGCUCCAGUUCUUCAUCAGGGGGAAAAUGUUGUGGUUGUACUUGAGUUAGAAUCUCCAGACCCCGAGCUUGUGAUACACUCGGUCGAUCAGCCAGACUUCACAUGCGGACGCGGAUCAAGUAAAUCGGAUGUGCAUCAGCUGUAACACGACAUGAUACAGAAUGCCCUGGUCCUUGCUUGAAACAUGGAAAGGAUAGAGCUUGAUUGUUGACGACCUCCAAAUUAAGAACUCUGGACCUCCUGAAGGUCUCUCCCAUGUUUGGUUGUCUACAGCAGAGAAGGAUGCAUCACUUUUUGUGUCCUCUAAAGGAACAUAUAUAAGUGUGAAGGAAAAUAAUCAGAUCAUAAGAGUAGCCACUGGCCAUGGGCAGAGUCGGGGGGGG